AUGGAAAAAGCAAAGAAACAACAAAUAGAAGAACGCGAAAGAUAUCCAGUAAAGAUCUUAUUAAGGAAAGCAAAAGUCAUUAGAAACAAGAUUAUGGGUGUUAAAGGUAGCAAAUUAGGAGAUGACGAAGAUGUAGAUUUAGAUGAAAUGUUUGAUAAUAUUAAGAAAGCUAAAAAAGAAAAGGUUGCUAGAGAUGCAGCCCUCAAGGAAGCUAUGGAGAAAUCAAAGCAGAAACGCAGAUAUACUGAAGAUGGCCUUCCAAUAUUUACAGAAGCAGAAUUGAAAAUGGAUAAUCCUAAAGCAGGAACAACUCCUUUAUGUCCUUUUGACUGCGAUUGCUGCUUCUAA